UCCCUGUUCUCCACCAUGGCACAAGAUCAAGGGGAAAAGGAGAACCCCAUGCGGGAACUGCGCAUCCGCAAGCUCUGCCUCAAUAUCUGUGUCGGGGAGAUCAGAGACAGACUGACCUGGGCAGCCAAGGUGUUGGAGCAGUUCACAGGCCAGACCCCGGUGUUCUCCAAAGCUAGAUACACUGUCAGGUCCUUUGGCAUCUGGAGAAAUGAGAAGAUUGCUGUCCACUGUACAGUCCGUGGAGCCAAGGCAGAGGAAAUUCUGGAGAAAGGCCUGAAGGUGCAGGAGUAUGAGUUGCGGAAAAAUAACUUCUCAGAUACUGGAUACUUUGGUUUUGGAAUUCAGGAACACAUUGACCUGGGCAUCAAAUACUACCCAAAUAUUGGUAUCUACGGCCUGGACUUCUAUGUGGUGCUGGGUAAGCCAGGGUUCGGCAUCGCAGACAAGCACAGAACAGGCUGCAUUGGGGCCAAACACAGAAUCGGCAAGGAGGAGGCCAUGUGCUGGUUCCAGCAGAAGUAUGAUGGAAUCAUCCUUCCUGGAAAAUAA